GGCUUGAGGAGGGAGUGGGCAAACAUUGGCACAGUAUCGAGAGUGUCACUUUCUCAAUCAAAAGGUUUUCUCUCUCUUCUCCUUUUUCUCAACUCUCCUGCGCGAAAACAAAACGAGAAAUAAGAAAGAGAGAGAGAGAGAGACACAGACACACACACACAGACACAACAAGAGUUUAGGUUUGCUAUGUAAAUCUCUCUCUAUCUCUGCACUUAUUUCAUAGUUUCAUUUCUCUUUCGAGAAACAAAAACCCAAAGUUGCCUUUGUUCUAGAUCUGGUCCUUUUUUCAUUAAGCUCCACUUUUCUCAAAGAUUGAUGCUUUUUUUUUUUUCCUGUGUCUUCAAAAAAAUCUCUUCUUUGCAAGCGUUUUGAUUCUCCCCUUGUGUUGAGAUUUCCAUGUUUAGUAUCUGCAUUUGAUCGCCUUCGAUGCUGCAUGCAAUUCCCAAGACUCUUUCAGAUUGCUACAACGCUGUGAUUUCGUCUUCUUCUCGGCCAUCUCUCUCUCCGAUUUGAUAUCUGAGUUUUGUUGUUUUGGUCUCUCUGCUGCAUGUUUCGCCACUCGGCCUUAGAAAAAAAGGUUACUUUCGCCUCCGAUUUAGGCUUCGAUUUCAUGAAUUCUUCGUGGUGUACGACAUUUCUGGGUUGUUGAGAUUAGGGUUUUUGAUUUGUGGGCUCAGAACUGUUUUCGUUUUUAUCUAUCUGUGCUGGUUUUUUCCACUACAAAAAAUACUUAUGGAUUCCCAAAGGGGUAUUGUUGAAGAAGCCAAGUCUCAGUCCUUGAAUAGGCAAGGCUCUCUUUACAGCUUAACACUUGAUGAGGUUCAAAACCACUUGGGGAGUUCUGGUAAAGCACUGGGAAGUAUGAACCUUGAUGAGCUACUUAAGAGUGUAUGCUCUGUUGAAGCUAAUCAGCCAUCGUCCAUGGCUAUGAAUGGUGCAGCUACUGCUCAGGAAGGGCUUUCUCGGCAGGGGAGUCUGACUUUGCCACGGGAUCUUAGCAAAAAGACUGUUGAUGAGGUCUGGAAAGACAUUCAGCAGAACAAGAAUGGAGGUACUGCUCAUGAGAGGAGGGAUAAGCAGCCUACACUCGGUGAAAUGACGCUUGAAGACUUGUUGUUGAAAGCAGGAGUAGUGACUGAGACAAUCCCUGGUUCGAACCAUGAUGCUCCUGGUGGUCCUGCCGGCGGUGGUGGUAGUGCUGGUUCAGGUGCUGGUUUAGGGCAAAACAUUAGUCCUGUUGGUCCAUGGGUUCAAUAUCAUCAGCUCCCAUCAAUGCCACAGCCUCAAGCAUUUAUGCCCUAUCCGGUUUCAGAUAUGCAAACAAUGGUGUCUCAGUCUUCUAUGAUGGGUGGUUUGUCAGAUACACAAACUCCAGGAAGGAAGAGGGUAGCUUCAGGAGAAGUUGUAGAGAAGACUGUAGAGAGGAGGCAGAAGAGAAUGAUUAAAAACAGAGAGUCUGCUGCUCGUUCCCGAGCUAGGAAACAGGCUUACACUCAUGAGCUAGAGAUCAAAGUUUCACGGUUAGAAGAAGAAAACGAAAGACUCAGGAGACAAAAGGAGGUGGAGAAGAUUCUCCCAAGUGCACCACCGCCCGAUCCCAAGCGGCAGCUCCGACGAACAAGUUCAGCUCCUUUCUGAUCUCUAAACUCUUUUCUUUUUUUGUCUUGUGUCGGUUCCCUUAUAAAAAAAAGAGAGGAAAACAGCUUUGUUUCUUUGUACAUUCCGUAGACUUUCUUGACUUGGAGCAAUUCUGUUAACUUUCUUUUAAAUAUUAUCUCGAGAUAUUUUAGUA